UCACCUGAAAACCUUUCCUUUUCGACUUGAGCCCAGUUUUAAUGGAUUGGCCAAAUUGAUGAAAAUAGUUAACAAAGAAAAAAGAAACGAAAAAUCCAAUUUACAGAGAAGCCGCCAUGGAUGAUGAAGCUGAAGCUUUGAACCUGAAGAGCUUCUUGAAAUGGGCAACUGAGCUUGGAAUCUCAGAUUCUCCUUCAACCCCAUCACCAGAUUCUUGUUUGGGAUACUCCCUUUUUGUCUCUAAUUUCCCUGAAGCUGGAGGGAGAGGUUUAGCAGUAGCUCGUGAUAUUAAGAAAGGAGAACUGAUUCUUAGAGUUCCAAAGGGAGUGUUAAUGACUAGUCAAUGUCUUAUGAGAAACGAUGAGGCAUUGUCUAUUGCUGUCAAGAAACACCCUUCUCUCUGCUGUACUCAGAUUUUGGCUGUUGCACUAUUAAACGAAGUGAACAAGGGGAAGAGUUCACGGUGGUGGCCCUAUCUAAAGCAGUUCCCCCGCAGUUAUGACACACUUGCGGAUUUUGGCAACUUCGAGAUACAAGCAUUACAAAUUGAUGAUGCCAUCUGGUCUGCACAAAAGGCUUCUCAGAAGGCUGAAGGGGAGUGGAAAGAAGUUAGUGCGCUUAUGCAUGAGCUCAAGCUCAAGCCACAGCUCCUGGCUCUUAAAGCUUGGCUAUGGGCCUCUGGUUCUAUAUCCUCGCGCACCAUGCACAUACCUUGGGAUGAAGCUGGCUGUUUUUGCCCUGUGGGAGAUUUCUUCAACUACGCAGCACCUGGAGAGGAAACAUCUAAUUCCGAUGAUCAGGUCACUGGAGAGGCAUUUUCAUCGCAAGAAGACAGUAUGCUUAAAUCAGUAACUGAAUUGGCCGCAGCACAUAGGCUAAUCGAUGCUGGAUAUGAGGAAGACGUUUCUUCAUACUGCUUCUAUGCUAGAAGAAACUACCGGAAAGGAGAACAGGUUCUUCUAAGCUAUGGAACUUACACAAAUUUGGAGCUUCUUCAACACUACGGAUUUAUUCUUUCCGACAACCCAAAUGACAAGACUUUUAUACCUUUAGAGCGAAACAUGUAUUCUUUGUGUUCAUGGGAGAGCGAGUCACUCUACAUUCAACCAGAUGGGAAACCAUCCUUUGCGCUACUAUCAACAGUUCGAAUCUGGGCAGUCCCUCAAAGCAAUCGCAGGCCAGUUGCACACCUAGUCUAUUCAGGAUACCAACUUUCAUCAGAGAAUGAAGUUGUUGCAAUGAGAUGGCUAGCGAAGAAAUGCAGAACUAUACUCGACACUUCCAACAACAGCUGAAGAAGACAGUAAGUUGCUUGUCAUCCUAGAUGAAUUUCAAGAAACUCAUCAACUCGUGGAGAUUAAAGAGAUGCCAUCAACACUUGCAAGUGAGCUUUGUGCUUUCAUGGAAAGCAAGAACAUAGUAAGCGACGGAACUUGUGUCAUUUCAGGUGUAGCUAGAAGGUUUAUUGGGAGAUUAAAAUUAGCAAUCCUGUGGAGGUAUCGGUACAAGAAAAUACUUAGCAAUUGCAUUUUACAUUGUACUGAGGUGAUUAAUGAUAUUAUUCCUACAAAAGAUUUAGAAUACAAGGAAAUCUUUGUUA